CACGAAAAACCGUAUGAGGUGCAGUCUUUUCUCAAUCGAAUGCGCUACUACCAAAAAGGAGAUAUGGAGAUGGCUGUUCGACCGGUCACAAUGUGGGUGGUCGUGGGCGAUUUGGAUGCAAUUUUCCUACCUCCCGAAGAUCGAAAAGCGCACGAGGAACAGCUGGUGCUUGAUUUGAAUUUGGUCCGAGCCGCAUUAACUUAUCUACGUUCCGCACAUGCCUCCAAGGGAUUGCGUCUCGGUGUGGUCUACAAUCCCGCCAGCAAUGACAAAGUGCCCAAAACCGCUUGGUUGACUCGUGCGCUAUACCUCGUCGGUCAUCCAACUCGUGCGCCUAGAUCUGACGAGAAGUUGAUCAAACACGUUGAUCAAAUGGCUGCACGGAAUUUCGGAGUUCGUCUGUUGACCGGCGCGUUGGAUGCGGUAAAUGCGAGCGAGAAAUAUGCGUCACUGGAUUCCAUGCUAGUCUCGAGUAUCGAUGGUAAUGCUCUCGGGAAAGUCAUCGAUACGCUGGACCGCGAAAAUUUCAUCGAGUCCCAUUCGAAAUUUUCUCGUAACUCACUCGGUUUGAAACCUGGUCAGCGUGCAGUCGUGAUCAAUGGAAAGAUUCUCGGUCCGCUAGAUGCUGAUGAAGAAUUCACAACGGAAGAUUUCCGCUUGGCUGAACGUAUGACUUUGGAUGCAGGUGCACGGGAUUUGGGUGAGAUGCUCAACACGCUGGUCGGAUCUGAGCUGGGCGGUCCAGAAGUGAUAUCAGAACUCACGUGGCGAAUCGGCUCCAUUUUACGUCCUCGUGAUGAAGCAUCAGAUUCAGGCGUGGCGGAUAUUGUAAGUUUUCCUUCUCUAAAUGCACGCAUAAACAGUGUCGGCUAUAUCGUCAUGGGGUUCAGUAUUUGCUUUUCUUGCUCACCAAUGAUGUAG